AACACAAAUGAACAUUGAACACGUCAAAAUUAGUUUUUUUUGCUCCAACUGCACAGUGAUACGAAAUGAUGUUUUGAAAAUGUAAUUGUUGACAAUAAUGCGAUUUCGGAACGCCUAGAAAAGUCGCGCAGUAAUAUAUGUGCAAAUUUUAAUGUGUUAACGUGUUAAGUGAAUUUAAUUCCAAUGAAAAUGAAGGCUGUUGUAGCGACUGUUAUCACCGUUGCGCUCACUUCUGUGGUGAUAGGCAAUGCCUAUUAUCAGAAGAAACAGUUUUACCCAUCCGUAGUAUAUUUAACUAAUUCCAAUCCUAGUAUGGCUGUAAUGUACUUACAAGCCUUUAUAUUGGUACUAUUGAUGGGAAAAAUUCUCAGGAAAAUCUUCUUUGGUCAACUUCGGCCAGCUGAGUUUGAGCAUCUAAUAGAGAGAUCUUGGUAUGCCAUCACAGAAACAUGUCUGGCAUUUACAGUUUUCAGAGAUGAUUUCAAUCCGAAGUUUAUUGCUCUGUUCACUCUUCUGCUGUUUCUAAAGGCAUUCCAUUGGCUCGCUGAAGACAGGGUUGAUUAUAUGGAAAGGAGCCCUGUGAUUGGGUUGUUGUUCCAUGUGAGGAUUCUAAGUCUCUUGACUCUAUUGGCACAGUCGGAUAUGUACUUCAUCCACCAUGCAUACUUGUUCACUGCAACCAAAGGCCCAUCUGUCCAAUUGGUGUUUGGAUUUGAAUACAGCAUAUUGAUUAUAAUGAUUGUCAAUAUUUUGAUCAAGUAUGUCCUCCACGCCAUCGACUCCCGCUGGGAGGCGCCGUGGGAGAGCAAGGCGGCGGUGCUGCUGUACACGGAGCUGGCCAUCAACUUCCUCAAGGUGCUGCUGUACGUCGGCUUCGUGGCGGUCAUGGUGCGCAUCUACACGCUGCCGCUCUUCGCCUUCCGCCCCAUGUACGAGACCAUGAGGAGCUUCAAGAAGGCGUACAACGACGUGGUGCUGUCGCGGCGCGCCAUCCGCAACAUGAACACGCUGUACCCGGACGCGACCGCCGACGAGCUGGCCGCCGCCGACAACGAGUGCAUCAUCUGCCGCGAGGAGAUGCACAGCGGUGCCAAGAAACUGCCGUGCAACCACAUAUUCCACGCGGCGUGCCUCCGCCUGUGGUUCCAACGCCAGCAGACGUGCCCCACGUGCCGCCUCAACGUGCUGCGUGCGCCAGCGCCCGAGCAGGCCAACGCCAACGCACCAGCGCCGCACGCGAACGCACCGCACGCCAAUGCGCCCAACGCGAACGCACCCGCGCCGCCGCCCCCUACUGCACCUGUGCCGCCGCCCUUCCCUAACAUGCCGCCACCUCCGAUGAUGGGCUGGGGCAUGCCGCCGCCGCCGCCGCCGCGCCCCGCCUCGCUCGCCACGCUCUCCGUGGAGGAGCUGCAGCGCUUGGAGGGCACCGAGAGGAGGCACAUUGAAGCACGGCUACAGCUUCUUCACGAGAUUCAAGCAAUGCUGAACGCGUCGGUGCUCCUGAUGCAGCAAUACUCCAAUGUGGUGUCCAACUUGCCGUUGAACUGCUCCAAUGUUGCCACGCAAACUGAGAUACACCGGACAGAGCCCUCCCCCGAGCCGUCCCCGGUGCGGGUGAAGACUGACCCGGACGUGGUGCCCACCACUUCCACUUACAAGCCAACUGCGGGCCCGUCCACGAGCACCGACUACACCUUCGAUCCUAACGACCCCACGCUAGACUCUAAUAGGGAUCAGUCUGACGCGGACGCGGAAGAGCUCAGAAGACGUCGAUUGCAGAAGUUCAAAGAAAUACAUUCGGAUAAGUGAAUGUGCUGAUACAAACUAUUGUGACCCGUUUUCCUAACUUGUUAAUUUAUCUGUACAAAGUGUUUUGGUAUGUGGAAGCAUUGUGUAUUCUAAUCAAAUGUAAAUGUAUUUGUGUUCUUGUAAAUAUAUCUGGAUAUAUACAUGGAUACAUUUAAAAAAAUAUAUAUUUCAUUUUCAUCACUUCAUUAGUUUUUAGGUAGUCAAUUGAAAGACUUAAAGAUUUGCUAUUAUCUAUUUAUUAAAUUUUACAGUACUAUACUAUUCUCAACAGUUGUAAAAAGCGUUGAUGUAACUAUACACUUUAGGGUUGUAAUUCUCUAAUACUGGCAUACCACUUAAAUAGCGGCUUGAAUCGUACAAUUUUACAUUAUUUUUGGUGUACCAAAUAUUUUUAACUCCAUCUGUACCAUCUACGUUGAGAGUAUUUAGUUCAAAAACGCCAAAAUGGAAGAGUUGCCCAUCAGUUUGAAUGCAGUUUAUAUGUAUUGGCUCAGGUAGGUCCUUUACAUCCUCCUGUAACAAAGAUCAUUUUUAUGCAAUGAUUUGAUGAAUGAUGAUUUUGACCUCUCUGGGGCGAGUGAUGUUUUACUUCAAUAAAGUUCUGGAUUUGAUUGGACCUGAAAGUCAAAUUAGGAUUUCAUAUUUUCUGAAUUUCCAAUAAUUUUCUCAUUGGUGCAGUUGUCAGGUCCUGGGGUGGGGAAAACUGAACUUUUCUUCCAAGAAACUGUCAGUGAAGAGUAUCGACUUAGGAGUUGUUCAUGAUCAUUAACAUCUUAUAGAGAUACUGACAAAGGUUACCUGCAUUGGAUUAGUGUUAUAAGAAGAAGGCCUAGUUCAUACUACUUUAAUAUUUUUGUCGAGUACAAACAAUUUUUGCAUUUACUCAAAAAUUGUUCGUACUCUACUAAAAUACUAGUAUAAACUAGGCUUAAGUUCCAUAUCCUCCUCUGCUAUAAGGGCGAAAAGGAAGCCCUGACCCUAUAAAAUAAACAAAUUUAAACCAGAUAUAAUAA